AUGGUCGCCAUCGCAAACGCCGGCGGUGACGCCGCCAAUGCCGCUCGCGGCGACGCCCCUCAAUUCGAGAGGGUGAAGUGGACCAAGGAGCCGCAUCUCCGGAAGCUCUAUCUCAUGAGCGUCUUCCUCCUCAUCGCUUCGGCCACGACGGGUUACGACGGCAUGUUGAUGAACGCUGCUCAGCAGAUGGACAAGUUUAAGGAAUACUUCGAGGAACACCACAGCGUCUUCACCCGGGAUGACAAGGGCGAAUGGCAGAAGGACGAGAACCUUCUCGGCAUCAUGGUCAACAUGUUCAACAUUGGGUCCAUCAUCUCCUUCUUCAUCACCCCCUACAUGGCCGAUCUUCUGGGCCGUAAGCCUACUAUCAUGAUUGGCUGCACAAUCAUGAUUGUUGGUGCUUUUGUCUCCGCCUUCACCAACGGAUACGGAAUGUGGUUGGCUGGUCGUUUCUUGCUCGGCUUCGGAAAUUCCCCCGCUCAGAUGUGUUCGCCGCUGCUGCUCACCGAGAUCUGCCAUCCCCAGCACCGUGGCCCUCUCACUGCCGUAUACAAUUGUCUUUGGAACUUGGGCUCGCUGAUCGUCUCCGUCAUCGGCUGGGGCACUGCCCAAAUUUCCAACGACUGGAGCUGGAGGUCUAUUACUCUUAUCCAGGCCUUCCCUUCCAUUUUCCAACUCUGUGGCGUCUGGUGGAUUCCCGAAUCCCCUCGUUUCCUCAUCAGCAAGGAUAAGCCUGAUCAGGCCUUCAACGUCCUCGUGAGACACCAUGCUGGUGGUGAUGCUAGCAAUUCUACUGUCCAGUUUGAGUUCCGUGAAAUCAAGGAGACUAUCCUUAUGGAGACCCAGGCCAACCGCAACUCCAGCUAUCUUGAUUUCUUGCGCACCAAGGGUAACCGAUGGCGACUUGCUAUUGUUAUCUCCCUGGGUAUCAUCUCGCAGUAUUCCGGAAAUGCUCUUUUCUCCAACUACAUCGAUGACAUCUACUCUAAUGCCGGUAUUAAGCAACAGAACCAGAAGCUUGCUCUCACCGCAGGCAAGACCAUCCUGGAUCUGAUCGUCUCCAUUGGCGCUGCUUUGACCGUUGAUAAGCUCGGCCGUCGGCCCCUGUUCCUGUCUGCCAUCACCGGUAUGGUAGUUUCGUUUGUAUGCUGGACAAUUACUGGUGCUGUCUACGAGAACUCGGACGAAACCAACACUAGCUCCGGCUAUGCCCAGAUCGUCUUCAUCUGGUUCUUCGGUAUCUUCUAUGAUAUCGGCUUUUCUGGCCUCUUGGUCGCUUACGCUUUGGAGAUUCUUCCCUUCCGUCUCCGUGCUAAGGGCAUGAUGAUUCUGAAUAUCACUAUUCAGGCUAUCCUUGCUCUUGGUAACCAGACCAACUUGUUGGCCUGGAACAACCUUCCCAACCACUGGAACUUCAUGUUGUUCUACACUCUCUGGGACUUCCUUGAGCUUGUGUUCGUCUGGUUCUUCUAUGUUGAGACCAAGGGCCCUACUCUGGAGGAGAUUGCUCGCAUUUUUGAUGGUGAUGACGCUGUUGCCCACAUCGACCUCGAGCAAGUGGAGAAGGAGGUCAAAGCUUUAUCGACACCGCAGGCGGAGUUCGGCAGCGCCAUCGUCCGUAUCGCCACGGCUGGCGUACUGCCAUUCCAUCGGGAGGUCUGCAAUGGGGAUCGACCCUUAAUUGGCGGUUACAGCGAGAUUGGCCACAUAGCCACGGUUGGGCCGGAUACCGCAGUGUAUGUCGACUGUGUGGUCCGCUCCCGCGACGACCCGGACUCUCUUUUCUUGAUGGCGAUCCACGAAGGUUUCAGAGGCGGCAGCAGAAAGCUGAUGCGGGAUGUGUGGCGGGACUCUGGGACCUUUGCGCAAUUCGCCAAGGUGCCGCUGGAGAACUGCACUCCGCUCGAUGAGACUCGGUUAUGCAAAGACUUGAGAUACUCGCUGCACGAUCUUGUGUACAUGACGCAUCUGCUCGCCCCAUACGCUGGUCUAAGGGACAUUGGGCUCGAGCCCGGUGAGACGAUCUUUGUGCGCCCGGCGACAGGAGCUUACAGUGGGGCCGGUGUGCAGCAUCUUAGAAACGGGAACCAAGGAGCCGAUAUCGAGAUUGUAGUCAUGAGUUGGGAUGAAGGCAAAGAUGCAGCUGCGUUGAAAGUCUUCGGCCUCGUGGAUGCUGUGCUGGAUUUUAAUACGCUAAAGACUGCCGCCACGUCGACCCAUAUUCGGGGUGCUAUACCAGCCCUCCUCCGUAAUGGGAGGGUCAGUCUGAUGGGUGCUACACCCAACAUUUGGGUUAGAGAAGUCCUGAGCAAUAGCAUCACGCUGCAAGGUAAACUAAUGGGCGAGAAGGAAGACAUUAUCCACUUUGUCAAAAUGUUGGACCGAGGACUAUUCCCCAGAGGCAAACACUUCGUCGAUGUAAAGAAGUUCGAGCUAGAGCAAUGGUCGCAUGGCCUUGAAGUGGCUUAG